CAUCUAAACCAGUUCCAUCUGCCUGUGUUUGUCCCUUAUCCCUCUAAACCUUUCCUAUCCGUGUACCUGUCCAAGUAUCUUUUAAAUAUUGUUAAUUUAUCUGCCUCUUCCUCUGGCAGCUCGCUCCAUAGACUGACUACCCUCCAGGUGAAGCAGUUGCCCCUCAGGUUCCUCCUAUUAAAUCUCUCCCCUCUCACAUUAAACCUGUGCAGUCUGAUUCUGAUUCUCCAACCCUCGGAAAAAGACCGUGAGCAUUCACCCCGACUCUGCCCCUCCUGGAUUUAUACACGGCACCCCUCCAAUGCAAUACGAAUGUUCUUCAAAACUUAAGUGACAGGGAACACCCAUCUCCUAUCCCCAACUCCAACCGGAUGUGAAACCCACAGAGCCACCUCCCCCAACCUGCACACCCACCCCUCCCAUUUCCUACAGCACCUCUCUGUGACCACGUCCCCAACCCUUUGUGAGGUUGAGGUGACCAGGGGUAUCAGUGGUGACAGUCAGGAGGGAAGGGCCAGCACUCUCAGUGGAAAGGCCAGACCGAGCAGUUGAGUGCAGACCAGCGAGAUCCACCCCAAUACUGUGAGCAACCACCCCCUCUUCUCUACCUCUGCCUCCCCGCCUCCGGCCAUGAGCGACAAGCCCUCCCCCGACCUACCCCAGCUCCAGCUCCAGUCCCCGUCCCCGGGCUCCUACCUCGGCCUGGAGCCCUUCACCGAGACGGCGGCCGUGGUGAUAGACAACGGCACCGGCUACACCAAGGCCGGCUUCGCGGGCGACCCCAAGCCGGGGGUGGUGCUGCCCACGGUGGUGGGGCUGCCGAACGCCCGGCAGCGGUCCAGUCCCGACUACUACGCGGGCGAGGAGGUGCCGAAGCGGCGCGGCCUGAGGCUGUGCGAGCCGCUGACCCGCGGCCUGGUCACCGACUGGGACGCGCUGGAGAUGCUGUGGCACCACGUCUUCUACCGGGAGCUGCGGGCCUCGCCUGACGAGCACGCCGUCCUGCUGGCCGACGGGCCGCUGGCCCAGGCCGCGCAGCGGGAGAAGGCGGCCGAGGUCCUCUUCGAAGGCUUCGGCGUGCCGGCCAUGUACGUGGCGCACCAGCCGGUCCUGUCGCUCUACUCCACCGGGCGCACCGGCGGCCUGGUGAUCGAGGCCGGCUUCGGCGCCUCGUACGCGGCGCCCGUCGUGGAAGGCUACGCGCUGCCGCACGCCACGCAGCAGACGGCGGUGUCGGGGGCCGCUCUCACCGAGCACCUGGCCAAGCUGCUGGCCGACUGCGGCAACGCCUUCAGCCCGGAGGAGCGGCCGCUGGUGCGGGACAUCAAGGAGCGAUGCUGCUACGUGGCGCAGGACUACGGCGAGGAGCUGCUGGCGCCCGAGGGCGACUACCUGACCGACUACCGGCUGCCCGACGGCCACCUCAUCAACAUCGGCAACGAGCGCUUCCGAUGCCCCGAGGCCUUCUUCCAGCCCGACGCCAUGGGCCUGAGCGAGCCCGGCCUCCACCAGCUGGCCGCCCGCAGCCUGGAGCUCUGCCAGGCGAAGCAGCGGCCCGAGCUGCUCGGCAACGUGGUGCUGGCGGGCGGCUCCACGCUCUUCCCCGGCUUGGCCGAGCGGCUGAAGCGGGAGCUGGACAGGCUGGUGCCCGGGCCGGGCCCCGCAGUCGGCGUCUACGCCUCGCCGCAUCGCCGCUUCUCCGUCUGGAUCGGCGGCUCCAUCACCGCCUGCCUCAACUCUUUCCAGCCCAUGUGGGUGCGGCGCGCCGACUACGACGAGGAAGGGCCGGGCGUCGUGCUCCGCAAGUGCUACUGAGCACUCCAGAGUUUAUUUAAUAAAGAAAGUUAAUG